GCAUGGUUGUGUGUGUGCCUGGUUGGACUUAAGUAGGCUAGUUCCCCGGGUGGAGGUAGCUCCCUUUUGCCUUUGAACUUGACUUCUCAGGGGACCUGAAUUUUGCUGCCUGUCUGACUUUGACACAAGGGGGGAUGUUUUUGGUGUAAAAUAUCGAGGUGGCUGAAAGAGCUGUAGUUUGACCGGUGGUUUAUGGGGUGUGUGGUGGUGAUGGUGGUGGGGAGAGGUUUGUGGAUUCUAUGCAGCAAUGGUAGGCUGGUUAGCAGCCUCCUGCGAGUCAGAGUAGUGUGGCGCGUGCCGGUUUCCUGCACUGCGCAACAAGUGGGAACGCCACCGCAGCGGUCUGAGCGUAGUGGCGGAGCUGACUGGUUUCUCUUCGCCCCAGUGGAAGCCAAGAACCGCUCCUUCCAACCCUCCCCGCCUCCCACUCCGAGACCACAGCCCUUCCAAAAGACCAUAUUCGCCCCCCCCCUUCCUGUUUAGCCAGGAGCAGUAAGUCUGGUUGACCCUGGUCUUUGGUCUCCAGAGCCCCUUUCCUCCGUGAGGAUCAUGAAUGAGUUUAUUCUCGACUCACUUUGCUGGCCGACCGUGUGUGGCAAGAGCCAUUCUGCUUUUUGAAGAUGAGAGCACCCUUUCUUUCCCUUCUUAGUAAUUCAGUUUUUUGGGGGGGGGGCGAGGGGGAUCAACGUAUAGUACACGAAAGCCGAUCCAGAUAACGCAUUGUGAUUGCUAGAGGCGUGAGCAUCGAGAAGAAUGGAAUUACACCAGUAAAUUAAAUGUUUUUCCAGUUUUGUUUUUGGAAAUAACCACACCCCCAGCCCUAACAGACAAGGAUAAAAAGGAGUCGGAGUUUCGGGCGUGGAAGGCUGUACAGCACGGAGAUUCUCGGAUGGACUGAGUCUGCCACCUAGUGGUAGAUGGUGGUCAAGGUCCCCCGCCUUGGGCUGGGGGCUGACCGGUUUAUCUUUGGGUCUCCCAGUAUCCUGACUAGAUACUAGGAAUGACCGGGAGGGCAGUCUCCAAUGAGGAUAGCAUCCAACCUCCUGACUUUUGAGAAGACAAAACAUUGGAAAUGCCCUGGCUGCUCUUUCUGUCCAUAGUCGCUCAGCGAUCAGCUUCUAUCUCAACUAAGAGAAACAAUAACUCUUUGAGGACAUCAUCUACCUGUGGCUAUGGCCCCUUCCCUGGGGGAAAAGUCGGUAUUAGAAAGAUGGCAUGGCAAAGUUCAGGAGAUUUAGGGCUUAAUUCUUUUUUUUUUCUUAUUUAUUUAUUGGCAGUUGAGAAAACAGGCUUGACAAGGGACAUGUUAGUAUAGUUAGUGACCAAACUAGAACUAGGACCAGAUUGGAAGCUUCUGAAUCUCAGAGCUUAACUUAAAGUCAAAGACGAAUUUAUCUCAGCUCCUUUAAAGUACCUGAAGGACAGGAACAGCUGUCAGAACCAUGACUAACUUCUUGGGUCACCCUAGCAGACAGCACACAUUGGAAACGUUUCCCAGAAGUCCUGGGGAAAUUUAUUUAUAAAGCAUAGCCUAAGGUUUUCAAAAACAGAUAUAAAAAGGCCUGCAGUAGUGCCGAAGAGCCCGCUGUUUUAAAGCUGGGGGUGGUGGUAGUAAUUCAUGGCCUGGGGCAGGAGUGGCCAAGGUCUAGUCUGCAGAGUUGCAGAGGUGGCUCUCGAGGCUCACAUCUGGACCCAGAAAUCCCUUUUUCCAAUCCUUAUAUCCUUUGCAAAGCAUCCUGUCGAUAAAUUUCAAGUGUGUGCACAUGUAUGAGGAGGGGUCAUAGAUAAACAAAGCAUAAUCCUAGAAUUUGUGCCCCAACAUCUCUUCAGUAAAGUUUUCUCAAAGCUCUUAAAAUGGCCCGUCCGCAUUCGCGUGCUGGCGGCCUCUAGCGGCUGCCGGGGUGAGGCGCAGCGGUCUCCCCAGCCCAGGCCCGCCUGAAUCAACUUCAGCCUUUCCCACUGUGGGAGCGGUCGGAGGCUGUGUCAGAGAAACGCGCCUCUGUUCGGGUUGGAAACCAAUCUGGGGACGUGUUUGAAGGGCGGUCAAGUUUGACUCAUCGCUUUCCAAGGACAGUUAGUGCCUUCCAUCUUCAUUAACGUGAAUAAAGACCUUGGCUGACUUUUGUCCAGAUCAAAUUUUAAAAGGCAUUGUUUACUUGGGGAGAUCAUGCCUCUCUCCUCCCCCGCCAGCCUCUAUGCAAAGGCUGAGCCCAGUCCCGCCAGGAUGGCUGGGACAUCUCUGCCCCUGGACGUGUUUGCUGGCAUUGUCUGUGGGGCCUUCUGGAAGGCUGUCUGCAGCUGGGCGCUUUGGAAGCGUCCCUUCAGCAGCUCUUCUUUAGAUCUUGAUGAUAAAACACAUCCCUCUAUUUUAUUGCAUUUCCUAGAAGCUUGCAGGCUUGCAAGAACGCUGUUGGCAGGAAACGUGAUAGAAAUGAAAGGACAUAAUGUCCCCGAACACCUUGGAUACCCAAAGCAGCUGCAGAGGCCACUAUGCUAUCAAACUUGCUUUUAUCUACUGUCACCUCCUCCACCCUCCCGCUCCUGCGCCUCCAACCCCCUCCAAGAGCACGAAGAGUGCCCCACCCGUGUGGGGGGGGGGCGGUAGCGGGGAAGAUACCACGUUUUGACCCUAACACCUAAUUCUAGACCAGGGUGACAAGACCUGAACAACAGCUCUUUAGAUGGACGCCGCUGCGAAAGGGAGCGUUCCAGCAGGGGCCCUGGUGGGAGUUUCACUGAGACAGCUCCAGAUUUAUUAAAAUUCCUUGUCCCUGUCCCUAAACAGUGCUUUGCACUUUCAAAUUCCCCUAUGGAGUUUUCAGCGAAUUAUUGGAGUUAUUAGAUUACCAAUAAUCCAACCGCCGGCCCGAAUAGAGAGCAGGGGGAAGGGAUGAAGGCGUUUUCCAAAUCUCUCUGGCCAAACUAGGUCAAUGGGAAGGAGGGGCGGGGCGAGAAGGGGCUUGUCGGUUUCAAACCUUGAUGGAGAGCUCUCUCUAGUGUUAGGCAGCGGUAAAAACAUGAUUAGGUUUGAGCUCCCGGAACCACGCGACUCCUAAUUUCCAAUAAGUACAUUUACUUAAUUUUACUCCCCAUAUCCUCACCCUUAUCCCACAAAUCCCAGCCUUCUACAUCACCUUUAUCCUACCCGGCAUAAGGGAGAGAAAGUCAUAAAGUAGGAGUUUAAUGUCAAAAAGGCCCUGUCUUUGAGGACCGACCCUGACCCCGCCUCCGCCGCAGAAAGAUUUUUGCGGCGGCGGCGUGUGACGACACUAGCUAGUUUUAGAUCUGGACUGAGGCCUCUAAAGCUGACUUUAGCGUCCUCUACUACUGUCCUGAAAGCCCCUUCUGAAGCCGGCUACCGAGACCAAUUAGGAGAUGGAGCCCUGGGAUUUUAAUUCCUGCGAAGGCGAGGCAACUUUGGAGCGCGCCAGUGCGCGCGCUGGCGUCUGCGCCCGGGCCUCUGCAGAAUCCUAACCCGUCUCUACAGUUUCAAGGAAAUAGGAUUCCGAAAUCCCGAAACCUGGCUAGGUUAAGCCUGGUGGCUCCUGUUCUAUAGACUGAGCGGAAACCGAGCCGAGCUGGGUUCCCUUUCUUGCUAACGUAGGCGGCAUAGGCUUUCGGUUUAGCUUUCCUCCAACUCGGCUGGGUCGGACAGACUGCAGAGAGACUGUCAGCUCUAGGGACUCAAAAUCUUUUUUACCUUGAUAUCUCAUCUAACCAUCCCCUUUAACAGAGCGUAAGAGGGAAGCAAGCAAAAAAAAAAAAAAAAAAAAGGGGGGUGUGUACCCAACGACCUACCAGGCAAAGGCCAGAAUUGAGCAACCCAAAGGCAUGAUUGGAUCCAAACUCCUGAGCCUCUGAUUGGAUCCAAACUCCUGGUUUAUACUGCUACUAACGUGUCGACUUUCCCCAUUUUUAAAUUGUGGGGGAAGGGUUGGGCUAGGUGCACUCAGAGCCCUGGAACCCGCGCCGGAAAGGGAAUUAGGGGAAAGUGUGCCCUAUUCCCCGCGAGCCUUCCCCUGCGGCACCCCCUCCGGGUGAAUCCUCCGCAGUCCGCUCUGUGCAGGCAGCGAUCCUGCUGGCCGUCGGGGGCCAGCAGCUUCCUGGAAAGUUACUUCUCAUUGGAGACGGCGAUAGGGAGAGAGUGUUCUGUGAAAUCCGCAGAGCUGAGAUCGACUACGUUCCGGGAAUGAGAGGGCUGUGCCAUUCCCCUCACUGCCCCCUGCCUUGGCGGAGUAACAGGAAAAAAAAAAAAAAGGCAUACACAAUGUUAGCUACCGAAAACUUAUUUGAAUGUAACGAAAUUAAGGGCCGCCGCAGUCAUACCAUCCGGCCUCCGCCGCGCCUUCGGGGUUUGAGGCGGAUGGGCAGCGGUGCCAGCGUAUCGCCUGGGGCUGGGCGGUCCCUGGAAGACAGUUUUUAAGCAAAAUUUUGGACUGUGAAGCAAGGCAUUGGGUGAAGACAAGAUGGCCUCCCCGGCUGACAGUUGUAUCCAGUUCACACGCCAUGCUAGUGACGUUCUUCUCAACCUGAAUCGCCUCAGGAGCCGUGACAUUUUGACUGAUGUUGUCAUUGUGGUGAGCCGUGAACAGUUUAGAGCCCAUAAGACAGUCCUCAUGGCCUGCAGUGGCCUUUUCUACAGCAUCUUCACAGACCAGCUGAAAUGCAACCUUAGCGUGAUCAAUCUGGAUCCUGAGAUCAACCCUGAGGGGUUCUGCAUCCUUUUGGACUUUAUGUACACAUCUCGGCUCAACCUUCGGGAAGGCAACAUCAUGGCUGUGAUGGCCACAGCUAUGUACCUGCAGAUGGAGCACGUCGUGGACACUUGCCGGAAGUUUAUCAAAGCCAGUGAAGCAGAGAUGGUUCCUCCCAUCAAGCCUCCUCGUGAAGAGUUCUUGAACAGCCGGAUGUUGAUGCCCCAAGACAUCAUGGCCUAUCGGGGUCGUGAGGUGGUAGAGAACAACCUACCGCUAAGGAAUACCCCUGGAUGUGAAAGCAGAGCCUUUGCCCCCAGCCUUUACAGUGGCCUAUCCACACCACCAGCCUCUUAUCCCAUGUAUAGCCACCUCCCGGUCAGCAGCUUCCUCUUCUCUGAUGAGGAGCUACGAGAUUCCCGGAUGCCUAUGGCCAAUCCUUUUCCCAAGGAGCGGGGCCUCCCCUGCGAUAGUGCCAGGCCAGUGCCCAGUGAGUACACCCGGCAUGCCAUGGAGGUGUCCCCCAGUAUGUGCCACAGCAACAUCUACUCACCCAAGGAGGCUGUCCCAGAAGAGGCACGAGGUGACAUGCACUACAGUGUGGCUGAGGGCCCCAAGCCUGCUGCCCCCUCAGCCCGGAAUGCCCCAUACUUCCCCUGUGACAAGGCCAGCAAAGAAGAGGAAAGACCCUCUUCGGAGGAUGAGAUUGCCCUGCAUUUCGAGCCCCCUAACGCACCCCUGAACCGGAAGGGUCUGGUGAGUCCACAAAGCCCUCAGAAAUCCGACUGCCAGCCCAACUCCCCCACGGAGUCCUGCAGUAGCAAGAAUGCCUGCAUCCUUCAGGCCUCUGGCUCCCCUCCAGCCAAGAGCCCCACUGACCCCAAAGCCUGCAACUGGAAGAAGUACAAGUUCAUCGUGCUCAACAGCCUCAACCAGAAUACCAAGCCUGAGGGGCCUGAGCAGGCUGAGCUGGGCCGCCUCUCCCCACGAGCCUACACUGCCCCCUCUGCCUGCCAGCCACCCAUGGAGCCUGAGAACCUUGACCUCCAGUCUCCAACCAAGCUCAGUGCCAGUGGGGAGGACUCCACCAUCCCACAAGCCAGCCGGCUCAAUAACAUUGUCAACAGGUCUCUGACAGGUUCACCCCGUAGCAGCAGUGAGAGCCACUCGCCACUCUACAUGCACCCCCCCAAGUGCACAUCCUGUGGCUCUCAGUCCCCGCAGCAUGCAGAGAUGUGCCUGCACACUAGUGGGCCUUCGUUCCCGGAGGAGACUGGAGAGACCCAGUCCGAGUACUCGGAUUCCAGCUGUGAGAACGGGGCCUUCUUCUGCAAUGAGUGUGACUGCCGCUUCUCUGAGGAGGCCUCGCUCAAGAGGCACACGCUGCAGACCCACAGUGACAAACCCUACAAGUGUGACCGCUGCCAGGCCUCCUUCCGCUACAAGGGCAACCUCGCCAGCCACAAGACCGUCCACACGGGCGAGAAACCCUAUCGUUGUAACAUCUGUGGGGCCCAGUUCAACCGGCCAGCCAAUCUGAAGACCCAUACUCGAAUUCACUCUGGAGAGAAGCCCUACAAAUGCGAAACCUGUGGAGCUAGAUUUGUUCAGGUCGCCCACCUCCGUGCCCACGUGCUCAUCCACACUGGCGAGAAGCCCUAUCCUUGCGAAAUCUGUGGCACCCGUUUCCGGCACCUUCAGACUCUGAAGAGCCACCUGCGCAUCCACACGGGAGAGAAACCUUACCAUUGCGAGAAGUGCAACCUGCAUUUUCGUCACAAAAGCCAGCUGCGACUUCACUUGCGCCAGAAGCAUGGCGCCAUCACCAACACCAAGGUGCAGUACCGCGUGUCAGCCACUGACCUGCCUCCGGAGCUCCCCAAAGCCUGCUGAAGCAUGGAGUGUUGAUGCUUUCCUCUCCAGCCCCUUCUCAGAGUCUACCCAAAGGAUACUGUAACACUUUAUGAUGUUCAUCCCAUGAUGUAGUGCCUCUUUCAUCCACUAGUGCAAAUCAUAGCUGGGGGUGGGGGUGGGGACGGGGCCUGGGGGGGGUAGGAGCCAUGGCAGCUCCUGGCCCCCCCUGCUGCCAUAAAACAUUAAGAAAAUAAUAUUGCUUCUCCUAUGUGUACGGCGAACCACGUCAGCAAAAAGCAAAAUCAUUUUAUGUAUCAAAGUGGGGGAGUACGCAAAAGUUCUGACUUGACAGUCUGCAAAAUGAGGAAUGUAUAUGUUUUGUGGGAACAGAUGUUUCUUUUGUAUGUAAAUGUGCAUUCUUUUAAAAGACAAGACUUCGGUAUGUUAUCAAAGAGAGGGCUUUAAUUUUUUUAACCAAAGGUGAAGGAAUAUAUGGCAGAGUUGUAAAUAUAUAAAUAUAUAUAUAUAUAUAUAAUAUAAAUAUAUAUAAACUUAAAAAAGAUAUAUUAAAAAUAUAAAACUGCGUUAAAGGCUCGAUUUUGUAUCUGCAGGCAGACACGGAUCUGAGAAUCUUUAUUGAGAAAGAGCACCUAAGAGAAUAUUUUAAGUAUUGCAUCUGUAUAAGUAAGAAAAUAUUUUGUCUAAAAUGCCUCAGUGUAUUUGUAUUUUUUUGCAAGUGAAGGUUUACAAUUUACAAAGUGUGUAUUAAAAAAAAAAAGAACAAAAAAAGCUGCAGAAGGAAAAAAUGUGUAACUUUGUUCUAGUUUUCAGUCUGUAUAUACCUGUACAACGUGUCCUCACGGUGCCUUUUUUCAGACGUUUUCAGUGAUGGACGAGUGUGCGCCAUCCCUUUUUGAAGUGUAGGCAGACACAGGGACUUGAAGUUGUCACUAACUAAACUCUCUUUGGGAAUGUUUGUCUCAUCCCAUUCUGCGUCAUGCUUGUGUUGUAACUACUCCGGAGACAGGGUUUGGCUGUGUCUAAACUGCAUUAUCGCGUUGUAAAAUAUAGCUGUACAAAUAUAAGAAUAAAAUGUUGAAAAGUC